GGUUAGCUCCCGGAAGUACAACUUUGUCCUUGAUUGGAAACGUAACGUGGGGGAAUUGUUUUCAGUGUGCUCAAGUGCCUAAAUUACUAAAUUAUUAAUUGUGUAUUUAGUGUAUCGGUUCCCGAUCGUGCCCGUGAAGGGGCUGCUUUGGCCUGGGUAUUCAGAGCUGUUCUCCAUUCUCAGGCGAGUGUGCGCUUUCUUGCGGUCCUGGAGGAUGCUGCUGCACAAGUACCCCCCGCGCCUGUGGGAGGCGCUGAAGCUCAAGCAGGGCAUCUACGCCCGCCUGCCGCAGCACUAUCUCCGCUCCCUGCAGGAGACGCGCCCGCCCGCGGCCGUGCACUGGCAGCCCCUGGGGGUCAAGUUCAGGCUCAACCCCAGAACCGGCCAGCGGGAGAGAGUCCAGGAUGUCCCCAUUCCCAUCUACCACCCCCCCGAGUCCCAGAGAGGCCUGUGGGGGGGUGAAGGCUGGAUCACGGGGUACAGAUAUGCCAAUAACGAUAAGCUCUCCACACGCCUGAAGAAAUGCUGGAAGCCUCAGCUCUUUAACAGGGAACUGUACAGCGAGAUCCUUGACCACAAGUUUAAAAUCACCGUCACUGCUCGGACGCUGGAUCUCAUUGACAAGGCGUAUGGCUUUGACUUCUACAUUCUCAAGACCUCUAAGGAGGAUUUAAACUCGAAGCUCGGGAUGGAUCUGAAAAGGGCAAUGCUGCUUCGACUGGCACGCAAAGACACCGCGCUCUAUCCGGAUGACCCCGAGAGGAGAGAGAGGGUUUACACCAAGUACAAGGAGUUUGUGAUACCUGAGGAGGAGGCGGACUGGGUGGGGCUCAGCUUGGAAGAAGCAGUGGAGAAGCAGAGGCUCCUGGAACAGAAGGAUCCUGUGCCGCUGUUCAAGACCUGUGUGGAGGAGCUGGUGCAGGAGCUGGCCUGUCAGAAGCUGGCCGAGCCUGAGGUGGUGGAGAAGAAGACAUGAAGGAUCAGCACAAAGACGGAGCUGUAAAAUGCACAAACAGCUGCGUCUCGCCUGUUUGUGGUGCAGUUGCUAUGCCUCUCUUGGAAGGGAUGUUUGUUUUGUUUCAGACUGUGACAGCUGUCUCUCUAACUUAUUAUAAUAUCACAGCGAAACAUUUACGGAGGCUGGUGGUUAUUCAUGCAGGAAUGUGUUUGGGUCACGAGGGGGUUAGAUCUCUUUGUAGAUCCCUCAGAAAAGGCUUCAUACCCAAAGUAAUUUCACAUCACAAAAACUUGUAAAUAUCGUUAUUACUAUUACUGGAAACUGCAUAUUUGUCACAAAGAAUAAAAACACAUUCUUUUUGUUAUUUACAUUAAAUUUAGUUUUGUUAGAAUAAAGACUGGUAAAAGAAUA